AUGUCUCACCGCAGUGCCAGUGACGGCAGCACUCGGGGGAGUGCUGGUAUGGAAGUUGAAGAGGAUGAAGAAGACUUUUUGCCCGCCAUUCCGGAGUCGCUCUUGCACCCCAGGCACCCUGGAGCGGCAGCACCGGAGGAGGAGGAGGAGGAGAAGACAAGGCUCCAAAAACGGCCCCGAUCACCAUUGGAAUGCGACGAGGUGAAAGAUGGGGAGCCGAAUGCGAUAGAGUUACUCAUCGCGGAGGGUUACCCUGCUGCCUCGCUUUACGAACGGAGUUACCGCCACGACCGAUCUGUGUGCGAUAUUGGUGUGGUGCAGGACGAGAUGGGCGCCCUCCUCAUCACCAUUGACGUGUCUGGAACUCUGCGCACGUGGCGCAAGUUGCCUCGUGGUGUUUUUUUCAUGUCUGAGCGUCACGGUCUGUUCCCACAGAUUCCGACAGCAACAGAGUCAGGGGCUGUAGAUAACAGAGAAUCGGUAAUUGCUGCGGAGCACUUUAUACUUGUCGAUCCCCUGACAUCCAGCCUGUUUGUGGUGCGUACCACUCCGCAUGUGGAGUUGGCGGCUGGUGUCGUUAUGGUUGAGGUUGAGGUCCGUCGCAUAAGCCCCGCUUUGAUGGCGGUGGAGGCGCGUAUUUCGUUUCAAUUUACUGCUGCGCUGCGCAGCAGUGGGAAGUCAACGUCUUGCUGGGAGGAAAGUGUGACACGACGGCCUUUUCUGCUGCACCACGAGUAUCAGCCGUACAUUGUCUUUUUCACGGCGGAGCCGAACGGGGCGGCCGGCGCUGUGCUGAUGUCGUGUGCCGCCGAAAGAGCAUGGCGUACCGGUGCCGCCGCGGCGUCGGUGUUGGUGCCAUCUGUUUCGCUGAGCACGGCGAACCCAGUUGUCUGCUGCCAGCAACACCGCCCAAGCGGGCUGGUUGUGCUGGUCGACGAAAAGGGUAUCAUGGAUUACGCGCAAGUCGUUGCGCGGCCUGGUGAAAACGGGCGGAUAGUUGCUUCUCUUCAAGUUGUGGCUGGUGCCCCGCCUCGUGGCUCCGCGGACCCCAUGAUGCUGCGCGAUUGGAUAGUGUUUGAACGCCGGCAGAAAACAGGAUUUUUCACGCUUCUACGCGACGCAAGAAAUCACGCGAAUGCAGGCCGGGUGAUGCUACCGCUUGGUGUCGGCUUCUCCCCGACCGGGCAGUACUUCGCGGUGGCGAGCGCCCUUCUCCGUGAAGGCGGCGUGUGCGUUUGUUGUCACCUCUUUGAGUUCGCCAGCGGUGCUUUUCUUUGCCGUGGCGAGGCGGAGGAAACGACCACUAUGUCCCUGCGCAGCGCGAGCGACAUGCAGGCGGCGCUACAGGCAAUGCGUGGCGCUGUCUUCAACGUUGUGGUGGAGAACGCCGUGCGAAAGGCCCCGCAGGGUGGGGCAGGAGGUGUGUGGGUUUUUUUGCCGGAGAUCACGCUUAGCACGGUGCACGAACGACAGGUGCGUGGUCGCCGUGUUUUUGUAUUCCGCGCUGCACCGGAGCCAACAGCAACAACAACAACAACAAGAGGGGAAGGCGAUCUCAUGAGAGGGACGGUAAGUUGUGCGGCCACGGCUUUGACUCCGUUUCACAUGGAGCAACUGCUACGUCCAAUUGGAGAUAUGGAGAAUAACAUUCGUGAGGCAGACCUGCCAGUAAUUCCACCACCACAGUCAUCGCUACCAGUAAACGUAUCUUUGUCGGCAGCUCCGUGUGCACACCGGCACUUUGCUGCACCACUGACGCUGUUGCGGUUGACAGUUUCGGCAAGUCAGGCUCUCAAGAAUCUCGUGAUGCAGUCUCCACUCGGGUCUGCCCUUUCGCAAGAAGAUGUCAAGAGACUUUUCGCCGUGCCGAGUAGCGCAGCGAUUGCAGCCGCUGGCUUAAAUGGGUUGAGUGGCUCCGUUGAUCCGACUUUAUGUACCACCUCACUCAGUGGAGCAGCCCUGCUGCUGUACACAAAGUACGAGGCGCCUCUCGAUAGUAUUCCGCUGAUGACAGAGAAUGGUUCAGACGACAGCAGUGGUGAUGCCAAUGCUGCAAUGACGGAGCGGGUGCGCCGCGAGCGGUUAUUGCUGGAGCUGCAUCAGAAACGCGACUUUGAUUGUGGUGAUCUGCAGCAGUUGCAGUCCUCGGUGCAGCGUGUGGUGCCGCGAGGGGCUGUGGAGGAGGGCGAAGAGCAACAGGGUGGUGACGAAAUAGUCCAUACGAAGCACAACGACAGUGAAACAGAUAGUGCCGUAGAGGAGCGACGAGUGCAACACAUCAUUGCGUCUGCGUCCUCGUGCCCCGUUAAGUGGGGAAAUGUUGUGACUCGGGUGUUAAUUGUUGUGAGCUGUUUUGGGACAAUCACAGUGUGCCUCUUGCCGCAGAUAUCCCCAAAAGCUGUUGCGAACUUCAUAGGUCUUGCGCGGGAGGGCUUCUAUGACGGCCUGACCUUCCACCGUGUGGUGCCAGGCUUUAUGAUUCAAGGCGGUUGCCCGCUAGGCGACGGCACCGGCGGCAAGAGCAUUUUUGGCGACACAUUUGAGGAUGAGGGACUGAACGUGAUGGAGUUCUUCUCAUACCCGACGGUGUACUGGCUCUGUAUGGCCAACCGUGGCCCUAACACGAACGAAUCGCAAUUCUUCAUAACGGUAGGGGAAGUGGCGCCGUGGCUGAAUGGCAAGCACACUGUCUUUGGAUUUGUGGUGGGGGGAAAACAGUUGGUGCAGGCUAUUGUGCAAAUGGCCCGAGACGCUGAUGAAAAGCCGGUCACACCUGUUGUGAUUGAACGUGUUGUUGUAAAAGAGGGUUCAAUGGAUGAGUGA